UGUCUCCUGUGUUGUAUUUCUCUGUUAUUGAUUUUUUCUUUGUGCUCUUUUUUUUUUCUUUUAGUUUUCUGAAAUGAGUCCCAAAAAAUGAGAACAAAGGAAUCAUAUGGGUUUUCUGUUUGUUUUGAAUCUCUGAUUAAAAGAGAGAUUUUUGUAUUCAUCAAAAGUUUGAGUUAUUUUGAUUCUUCGUUAUCAUCAAAAGGAAGAAGGAAGGAUUUUAUUCGAGUUUAGAUCGAAAUGGGACUUUCUUAGACUGUUCCCAAUAUACGACAGUAGCUAAGCUUUCUUCUUUGGUGAAGUUCAACUGCAAUUUGUUAGCUUUGAGUUCGAUGCUUGAUGAUGGCGAUUUCUGUUCAGAUGGCGAAGUCUUGUAAGGGUCUUGCUGAAGAGCUUGUGAAGUGUCUUAGUGACUCAAUCUGUGUCAAGGACGAGAAACGGUCAAUUCGGGACUGCGCUGGUGAAAAAAGCCCAUGUAUACCAAGUGAGUGUGUUGGCUUAAGGGAAACCUACUUUAACUGUAAAAGAGGACAGACAUGAGAGCCAGGAUUCGAGGAAACAAAGGGUACUAACAAAAGAGAUAAAUAUCGGGGACCGAGCACGAGCACCUGUUUGCUUGAGACCACAUUUUCGCUUUGUUUUGUGUUCUUUUUUGUUAUCAAUUGCUUUGAUUUUUAAUAGUUGCAGCACUAUAUGAAGGGGCGAGGCAGAGUCUUACCAACUUAGUUACUUGCCAUGUCAAUAUCAAGUUAGGCUUGUUCCUAUACUCAACUUGAUUUCUUUUGCUCUUUAAAAUUGUAUUACAUGGGACCAGAUGCUACUGAACAUCAUCUUGUAGUUUAAAGAAAGUAUGAAUGAAAAAAGAUUCUUCUGUUC